GGCCCCGAACGUAAAACUUUGACGGGUUGUUAAUAUGGGGUUAAUAUGGGUUGUCAUGUACGCUAGCUAUACUUAGGUGCUGGUUGCUGAAUAGUUAUGGUCCUUGGAGACUACAACUAUGACAUGCGUCACCAAUGACUGGCGCGACUAAAGGCUCACGUUUGACACUGCCGUGUGCUCCAUGUGGCAUGCACUUCAACGCGACUUCGCUGAGAAGCAUGAGCGAGCUAGCGCUGCUCGUGCAGCUGCUGUUGGAGCUGUCGUCGCUACAGGCAUCGUCAAACUCUGGGUCCAGGCUAUGGUCGUCUUCGUCCUUGCCACCCCGUUUCUUACGCCACCAUUCCUUGAAGUACACAUUUCUCCGCUCUUUGUUCUUCUCGCGCCACUCCUUCAUCUUUUGCAGUCGGUGGGCCUUGUUCUUGGCGUGGUUCUCUCGCUUAUACGCGAGUCGGCGCUCUCGGUUCUUGAUGUGGUACUGCUUGCACUGCUCAUUGCGCUUGAGUCGCUUCGCCUCAGCUUCCUCCGCCGUGAGCAAUUUCUUGACCAUGAUGUAGUGGAACCGCG